AUAGAUAAAAGGAGGUGUCUGUCUGUCAUCACCGACCGACUGUGCAUCCAAAACCCUUGGCUUGGCUUGGCUGGGCGGUGUUGAGAUCUGCUAGUGAUUGAGAUUGGGAUGGGGAGGGGAAAGCAUAGGAAAUCGACCAAGUUGGUAUUCGUAUGCGUUGGGCUUCUUGGAGCAGCCCUAAUCGCAGAUCUGCUCUGGGCUUCAACAUUCCCCUACAAAUCAUCAUCAUCAUCCACCCUCGCAUUCAAUUCCAAUUACCCCCACCCUUCUUCCAAUUCCUCUGCCAAGGAGGAGGUUACUGAUAAAAAAGAUGGUGUUCAUGGGAGAAUCCUCUCUAAAACUUUUGCUGAUUUGCCUGGCCCACAACUCAAAUGGGACAGGAUGUCAGAAUCACCAGUGCCCCGUCUUGAUGGAGCAGCAAUCCAGAUCAAGGAUCAGCUAUUUGUUUUUGCCGGAUAUGGAACUAUUGAUCUGGUGCAUUCUCACGUUGAUGUAUAUAACUUUACCAGCAACACAUGGUCCGCAAGAUUUGAUAUGCCAAAAGAAAUGGCACACUCACAUCUGGGAAUGGUAACAGAUGGAAGAUAUAUCUAUAUAGUCACUGGACAAUAUGGUCCGCAGUGUAGAGGACCAACAGCACAUACUUUUGUGCUUGACACUAAGACCAAGAAAUGGCAGGACAUGCCCCCUUUACCAGUCCCUAGGUAUGCCCCUGCAACUCAACUUUGGAGAGGUAGACUACAUGUGAUGGGUGGCAGCAAAGAGAACCGGUAUACACCAGGAGUAGAUCAUUGGAGCAUUGCUGUCAAGGAUGGUAGAGUUCUAGACAAGGAAUGGCGAACUGAAAUGCCCAUUCCUCGUGGCGGCCCCCACAGGGCUUGUGUUGUGGUGGAUGACAGGUUAUAUGUGAUUGGUGGUCAAGAAGGUGAUUUCAUGGCCAAACCAAAUUCCCCUAUAUUCAAAUGUUCUCGGAGGAACGAGGUUGUAUAUAGUGAUGUUUACAUGUUAGAUGAUGAGAUGAAGUGGAAGGUUUUACCGCCUAUGCCUAAGCCCGACUCUCAUAUAGAAUUUGCUUGGGCAGUUGUCAACAAUUCUAUUGUUAUUGCCGGUGGCACUACCGAGAAGCACCCUGAGACCAAGAAAAUGAUCCUCGUUGGAGAAAUCUUCCAGUUUCAUUUGGAUACAAUGAAAUGGGCAGUUGUUGGGAAGCUUCCUUAUCGUGUGAAAACCACAUUGGUAGGGUUCUGGGAUGGAUGGCUGUACUUCACCUCAGGACAACGUGAUAGAGGACCUGAUGAUCCUACUCCCAAAAAGGUCAUUGGAGAGAUGUGGAGAACGAAACUAAGCUUGCCUCUUUCUUAAUCUAUUAUUAUAUAUAUAUAUAUAUACACACACACUAUAUGAAUUUGAUUAUUUUAGAUCAGUGCAAAUACACAUUCUCAUGACACUAUUUUCUUGUUUAUCCUUCCUUGAGCGAUGGGAAAAAGUAGUGGAGGACAAUGUUGUAAUUGUUUUUGAGGAGGUAGGAGAUCCAGAUGCUUGUUUUUAUUUGUAAAGUGAAUUGGAUUUUAAAUUAUCUAAAUGUAUUCUAUGGUGAAUGUAUUUCAACUAGUUGUAUU